AUGGAUGAGGUUGGUUCCUCAUCUGGAUCAAGGAGUCGGCUGGCUCGGGUGUCUUCUUCCCGUCAGGAGGAGGUACGAGAGGAUGAGGUGGAGGUAAGAUACCAGGAGGAUGAGGAGAUACUUGAUGCUGACCCUCCGUACGGGGAGGAGGAGGAGGGCUUCCCAGGAGGAUGGAUCAUCUCCUACUUCCCCCGCGUCCACGGCUUCGCCAUUGAUCCUACGUACACUGACGCCUUGCCUAAGGCCACCCGAUACAUUCUCCAAAGGGGGAACAACGCAGUGCUACCAUAUCGCGUGUACCUCGGCCGCACAACUCAUGAUGACAUCCGUUGGACGUCGUUCACCGACUACCGUGUUGUUGUCCCGUUCGACCGCAUUGCGUUAUACUCUGGUUGGUUGGCAUGCGGGGCCAACACCAUGGUGAGGUAUCUGCCUGAGUGGUGCAUGAGGCAGUUUGGACGUGUGCAGCUGAUACCGAGGUCACUGUUUGAGGCUGCUCCCGACACAGUUAUCCGAGUGGAGCUCACUGUUAUAUUUGAGGACUGGGCAAAUCUUUUGGUCCUUGAGGAGUAUCGGCGUAUGCAGGCCACCCAAGAGUGGCAUUGUGUGGAUGGGUAUGUGACAUGGUUUUAUCGGGUGUCACAUCCUCUGCUAACACCUGACGCACUCGGAGCUCCUAAGCCAGCACACGGGGAGAUCUUGGAGAACCAGCAGGCCGAGGAUGACCAUGCCACUGAUGUCCUGCCGAUAUGCCAGUGA